UUCCUGCACAUGUAGCUGCAGCAUUUAAGGUGGAACGGAAAUUCGAGCACGAAGCUGGCGAACAGCAAACCGUCUUCAGGCUGGUAGUGCAGGACUAGAGGAGGAUGUCACCAGCGGGGCUCCGUAAUUUUCUGUCCAGGUUUGUCGUGGAAGCUCAGAGCUAUACCUGAUCGAUCGGAACACCGCCUUCGGGUUUGAACAACACUACAAAAUGGCGGUGAGUGUGCUCCCUUCUUAGUGCCCUAAGUAGGCCGCGUGUACUCCGAAUGGAACCGGCCGGCAGUCCACGACAUUCCGACUCGUAACUUCCUGCUGUCUGUGUGCUGCUAGUUUGUGCAGCUUCAGGGAAUCAAGUGAAACACACAUCUGAGUCUGAGGACUGAGAUGGAUAAGACAGAUUUGCCCCCACCUGGCCCGGAUGACCUGCCUCUCUCCUUAUUGGAGAUGGGCUGUUCAGGGAGAUUUGAGCUGCUCACACAUCCACUGCCCAGCAAUAAGGCUCUACAUCCACAGGGCACACUUCCUCAUGGGCUUCCUCCCACCAGUCUAGACCUGAAGAUGGAGGUGGAGAAGCGCUUCCUGCGGGAUCCUGCAUGGAUGCCCUUACACGACACCACUGAUGCAUUCCAGAAGUUUCUGAAGUUGAGUAAGCGGGACAGACAGGUGGACUCAUUGUUGCACUGUUCCCUCACUCCUCUGCACUCCGGCCUGUCUGUAGUGAGAGACCCCACCACCGGCAUGCUGCUGGACUUCACUGAGGUGUUACUGGAACACACCGGCUUAUCAGCAAAGAAUUCUUUAUCAUUGCAAAGGCAGCCAGGACCUCCAGCUGAGAGCCUCCGAGGGAGUAACACAAACUACCCCUUUUUGCCAGCUGGUAUGGAGGAGCUGACAUUGGAACAGAUAAAGAAAAAAUCUGAGCUGGAGGAAGACAUUGACUUUGAACAUGAUUUACUGACAGUGCCUCCAGGGUUUAAAGCCGGCAUGGACUUCAGUGACAAAGCCAAAACCACGAAAGGUGAAGUGAACCUGCUGUCACUCCUGUCCACUUUUGAUGACAUAAUUGAUCAAACACCUGAAGAAAAAGAGAAAACCUCAGAAAGUGGAGAGUCAUCAAAACUUCCCAGAACCAACAGCCUUGAGGAUCUGGGCAUCAAGGACACAGUGCCCUCCCCUGCUCCACCUGAAGCCUCAGCAGCAGACAAAACAGAUGAAGCAAAGAAAAAAGACAAAGAAGAGAAGAAAGAGAAGAAGUGGGCGGUGCCUGUGGAUAUCACUUCCCCCUGUGAUGAUUUCUACAAACGGAUUCCUGAUCCUGCUUUUAAGUAUCCGUUUGAGCUGGACGUCUUUCAGAAGCAGGCCAUCCUCAGGCUGGAGGCUCAUGACUCUGUGUUUGUUGCUGCUCACACCUCAGCUGGCAAGACCGUGGUGGCCGAGUACGCCAUCGCUCUUUCCCAAAAGCACAUGACCAGGACCAUCUAUACCUCUCCCAUUAAAGCUUUGUCCAAUCAGAAGUUCAGAGAUUUUAAGAACACCUUUGGGGAUGUGGGCCUUUUGACCGGAGAUGUCCAGUUGAACCCAGAGGCCUCCUGUCUCAUUAUGACCACAGAGAUAUUGAGGUCUAUGCUCUAUAAUGGCUCAGAGGUCAUUCGGGAUCUGGAGUGGGUCAUAUUUGACGAGGUUCAUUACAUCAAUGAUGCAGAGAGGGGUGUAGUAUGGGAGGAGGUCCUAAUUAUGUUGCCUGAACAUGUUAGCAUCAUUUUGCUCAGUGCUACAGUGCCUAACGCAGUGGAGUUCAGCGAGUGGAUCGGGCGGAUUAAGAAGAGGCCUAUAUAUGUGAUCAGUACAGUGAAGAGGCCAGUGCCCCUUGAGCAUCACCUCUACACAGGAAACAGCACCAAGACUCAGAAAGAGCUCUUUCUGCUGCUGGACGCCACCGGAGCCUUCCUUACCAAAGGGUACUAUGCUGCUGUGGAGGCCAAAAAGGAGCGCACCAGUAAACACGCUCAGUCAUUUGGCGCAAAGAACGCAUCACAGAACACCACACCCACCCAGGACCGCGCCAUAUGGCAGACACUGCUGAACUAUCUGUCUCAGAGGCAGCAGACGCCAGUGGUGGCCUUUACCUUCUCCCGCACACGCUGUGAUGAUAACGCUCGCUCGCUGACUUCUUUGGACCUGACCAAUUCUGUGGAGAAGAACGAGAUCCACUCCUUUUUCCAGAAGAGCCUAAGCCGGCUCCGAGGAGGAGACCGACAGCUCCCACAGAUACUGCUGAUGAGGGACUUGCUGAAGAGAGGAAUCGGAGUGCACCACAGUGGCAUCCUGCCAAUUCUCAAAGAGGUCAUUGAAAUGCUCUUCUCGAGAGGGCUUGUGAAGGUCUUGUUUGCCACAGAGACUUUUGCCAUGGGUGUAAACAUGCCUGCCCGGACAGUGGUAUUCGACAGCAUCCGCAAGCAUGAUGGAACUGGCUUCAGGAAUCUCCUGCCUGGUGAGUACAUUCAGAUGGCAGGGAGAGCUGGCAGAAGAGGGCUGGACGCUACAGGCACAGUCAUCAUCCUCUGUAAGAGUGGAGUCCAUGACAUGGGUGACCUGCAUGCCAUGAUGCUGGGCAAACCGACCGUUCUGCAGUCUCAGUUCAGGCUGACCUACACCAUGAUCCUCAACCUGUUGCGCGUGGAGGCCCUCAGAGUGACUGACAUGAUGCGCAGGAGCUUCUCGGAGAACCACAGGGACACACAAGCUCAUGAGAGGAGGAUAGCUGAGUUGAGAACCCUGCUCUCCUCCCUCCCUCCUCUGGACACGGAGGGUCAGUUAUCUGACUUACUGUCUUAUUACCACACUGUUAACGAACUGCGCAUCACAACAGAAGCCCUGCAGCAAGCAGUGAUGGAGUCGGUGAACGGACUGAAGGCUCUGUCUGUGGGGCGAGUAGUCAUUAUCAACAACGCCCAGCAUUUCAACGCCCUGUCUGUCAUCUUACAGGUAUCCAAUGAUUCUGUGAAUCGGACAUUUACUGUCCUCAUCAUAUGUGAAAAAGGGAAUGAGGAGCCAUCAGGAGCUGCUCAGACAAACAGGGACUUCAAACACCUCCACAACACCAGCCUUUUCAUUCCUGAGGGUCCCUGCAGUCACACAGUGCAGAAGCUGAAGGCUCAGGAUAUCACAUCCAUCACUGUUAAAACCCUGAAGGUCAUUCCAGAGAGGAUCAUUGACAACUAUAACAAGAGACAGCAGCCCCGCUUCAGAAUGGACCCACCUGGCCAGGCCAUUUCCACGGCAACCCAGGAGCUUCUGCGAUUGGCUGAGGCCAACCCAGAUGGCAUUGCGACCCUUGACCCUGUCAAUGACCUUCACCUGAAGGGUGUGGAUGUGGUGGAGGGAGUGAUGAGGCAGCGAGUGCUCCAGGACAGCCUGAAGGACUUCCACUGCACUCACUCGCCAACCUUCACUGAGCAGUUUGCCCGUGUGCAGGAGAGGAUGAGUCUACAGGAGGAACUGGAUAGGCUGCUGUUUUUGGUCUCUGAUCUGUCCCUCACUCUGCUGCCUGAGUACAAUCAGAGGAUUAAGGUGCUGAAGGAACUGAAGUACAUCGAUGAGAGCGAUGCAGUGCAGCUGAAAGGCCGAGUGGCUUGCCAGAUCAGUAGUCAUGAGCUGCUGCUGACCGAGCUGCUGUUUGAAAACACUCUGAGUCCUUUAGCCCCAGAGGAGAGCGCCGCCCUGCUGUCCUGCCUCGUCUUUACACAGAACACGCAGAUAGAGCCACACAUCCCCAACACAAUACAAGAGGGGAUUGACCGGGUGCUGUGUGUGGCUCAUCGGAUCGGUGAGCUACAGAGGGAGUGCGGCAUCGCGCAAACAGCUGAAGACUUUGUGUCCCAGUUCAAGUUCGGCCUGACCGAGGUGGUGUACUGCUGGGCCAGAGGCAUGCCUUUUGCUGAGAUUGCCCAGCUGACGGAUGUGCAGGAGGGGACGGUGGUGCGCUGUAUUCAGAGACUGGACGAGGUUCUGAAGGAGGUGAGACAGGCUGCUCGCAUCGUCGGAGACUCCGUGCUGGGCAGUAAGAUGGAGAGGGCAUCAUUGGCCAUCCGCAGGGACAUUGUGUUCACGGCCUCUCUCUACACGCACUGAGAGAGCGAGGGACGCAGCACGACUGCUUGAGUGUGUUAGCGAGAGGAAUGAUGGACAAGAAAAUGUACUUAAGGCUCCAAUCCAAUUAGAGAUGACUGCAUGAACCAAGCAAUGCCCUAAUCAAAGGGAUACAUAUGUUUGUGUAUGUAUGUAUAGUACUGUGCAAAAGUCAGAGAGCUCACUUUUGUUUAUUUAAUUUCCAGUCAGAACAGCCAUUACGUACUAAUGAUUAAUUUUUUUGGUGUCAGAAAAAAAACAGGAAACAUAUAUUAAACAAAAUAUUGCCCAUUAUUAGUGUAUUUAGUGUCUUCCCAGCAAAAUCUGUUCCCAAAGGACGUAAUGUUCCCUUUCAAUGUUAGAGACAGUAACAUUCACACAAGCAACUCACCUUCGAUGCCUUCAGAUGUUUUUUUCAUGUACAUCUAAAAUGACUAAAGGAGAUGUCACUGAGAUUCGAUAUAUUCACUUGCAUAAUGAAGGGAAAAGUCAGGGAAGGAAAUUGAAAAAGCAGGAGUUUCCAAAACUAGAGUUCAAAAAAUUGAUUAAAAGCUACAGAGAAAAUGGGACUCCUGACGACCACCUGGAAGACCUGGUAGACACCAAAACUGUCCCAUCAGAU